AUGGCCGCUGAUGUUGAGAAUGAUGAUAUGUUCAUAGACACUCUGCCAGAUUAUCUCAGAUGUCCAGUGUGUCUGUGUUGUCUCACCAACCCCUAUCAGACUCCGUGUGGCCAUCGAUUCUGUAAGGACUGUAUCCUGCCUAUAAUGCACUCGCGCACUGCUCUGUGUCCAGUGGACCGCACUCCAGUCGAUGCCACCAAUACCUUCCCUGACAAUGCUGCCAAACUGCAGAUCAAUGCUCUCAAGAUACGCUGUCUGAACGAGGGCUGUGAUUGGAGGGGCGAGUACUCGGACAAGGGGAACCACAAGUGUGCCUACGCCCCCAUACCUUGUGACUUUUGUAACACUCUUGUCUGCAAAGCUGACCUCGACACACAUAAAACUGUGUGCCCUCAACGGAAGGUCGUGUGUGAGCACUGUGGACUGGAGGUUGUCUGCUCUGAACUAACUCAUCAUCAUGAUCAAUGCUCCAACUACCCACUCCUCUGUCAGUAUGCCUGCUCCUCUGGUCCCAUCCCUCGCAAAGACAUAGACAAGCACUAUCAAGGUUGUCCUUCCCACCCAAUCCCUUGUACAAUGGCACCGUUUGGCUGUGAACAACUGGUGAAGAGGGGUGAUCUACCAGAGCAUGUAUUGACCUGUGGACCCAAACAUGCCCACAAGAUGGCCUCUGCUCUUCUGGAGCUACAGAAACAAGUUGCUGAGCUGUCAGUGCGAGUGGGUGCUCAAGGAGAAAGCACUCACACACUGGAGACCACCCUGUAUCCUUGCUCUGGACAGUUUACCUGGAGGAUUGAUGAGAUCCGCUCCAAGAUCCUAGCAGCUGAAGCCGGUGAACCUGUGGCCUCAGUCAUUUACAGUCCAUCCUUCUAUUCGUUUGAGUCUGGCUACAAGAUGUGUUUGUGUGUGUAUCCAGCGGGGGACAACAACGAAGGUUUCCUCUCUCUCUACCUAGUUCUCAUGAAGGGCCAGUUUGAUGAAGUGUUGCCCUGGCCAUUUCAGAAGAGGGUGGUCCUCUCCCUACUCAACUGCAGGAUCCCCAACCAGCCCCUCUUGAAGGAUAUCCAUCCUGACCCAAGAUUACACUACUUCCAUCGUCCAGAGAGUCCCAGAAAUGUUGGCUAUGGCUACCCUAAAUACAUCGCACUCUCAAAGCUCAUGAAUGAGGACUCAGACUUUGUAGAGAAUGGUGCUAUUUUCAUUCGUGCUAUUGUCUUUCAUAAUUUAUGAAUUAGGAUUUUGUGUGUGUCUAGUGUAGGAUUGAUUCAACUAUUCAA